UGCAGCCUUCAAUAAUGAAGCAAGCAUUCGACAAAGCAACAAACCACAAACUUGACAAUGGAAGCUACGCAAAAAGCACCUCACAUAGCCAUAUUACCCACUCCAGGGAUAGGUCACCUCAUCCCACUCACUGAGUUCGCCAAGCGACUCCUUCUCCACCACCACUUCCGAGUCACCUUCAUCAUCCCCACCACCGAUGAUUCUUCUCUGAAAGCCCACAAAGCCAUCCUCGAACCUCUGCCGGAAAACAUAACCUCUCUCUAUCUUCCUCCGGUGAGUUUGAAUGAUCUUCCUAAGGAGGCCAAGUUGGAAAAACGAAUCGCCCUCAGCGUGACUCGGUCACUCCCGGCUGUCCGACAGACAUUGAAGACGUUAACCGAGUCAACUCGUCUCUCAGCUUUUGUGGUUGAUAUGUUUUGUGCGGACGCCAUUGACGUGGCUCAAGAAUUCGGUGUUCCUGGGUACGUUUUCUACACUUCAUCCGCCAUGGCUUUGUCCUAUAUCUUCUAUUUGCCCAAACUUGAUGAAACUUGUAGCUGUGAGUAUAGAGAUUUACCUGAACCGGUCAAAAUACCCGGGUGUGUACCGGUUCAUGGGAAAGACCUCCCUGACCCGGUUCAGGAUAGAGACAAUGAAGUCUACAAACUUUCUCUUCACCGUUGGAAACGGUACAAUUUUGCGGAUGGGAUUCUGGUUAAUAGUUUCUCGGAAUUAGAACCGGGUGCUUUUAAGGCUUUGAAGGAGGAUAGCUUGUGCACUUCUCCGGUUUAUUCUCUUGGACCGUUGAUUCAGACCGGUUUAACCAGUGGUAGUGAGGGGAUACAGUGUUUGAGGUGGUUGGAUGAGCAGCCACGUGGCUCUGUGUUGUUUGUCUCAUUCGGCAGUGGUGGGACCCUAUCACACAAUCAGCUAAUUGAGUUGGCAUUGGGUUUAGAGAUGAGUCAACAAAGGUUUCUUUGGGUCGUUCGAAGCCCAGAUAAUAGUGCAUAUGGUACAUACUUUAAUGCACAAAGUCCUGAUGACCCUUCUGAGUACUUGCCCAAUGGUUUCCUGGAGAGGACAAAAGACAUGGGCCUUGUUGUGCCCUCAUGGGCCCCUCAGAUGAAAAUAUUGGGCCAUAGCUCGACUGGCGGGUUCUUGACUCAUUGUGGUUGGAACUCGAUAUUAGAGAGCAUGAUUCAGGGCGUGCCAUUAAUUGCAUGGCCACUAUUUGCUGAGCAAAGGAUGAACGCCACGAUGCUAACCGAUGAUUUAAUGGUGGGAUUGAGAGUGGAACCAAAUAAAAAUGGUGUGGUGGAGCGACACGAAAUUGGAAAAUAUGUGAGGAGUUUGAUUGGUGGAGAAGAAGGGAAACAACUUAGAAACAGAAUGAACAAUUUGAAAGAGGCUGCAGCCAAGGUUAUGGGCCAGGAAGGGUCGUCUACGAAGUCCCUUGCUAAGCUGGCCCAGAAAUGGGAAGCAAUCAAAAGCCCAACAGACAAACCACCAAUGUAGUCGCUUUUUUCCUUGCAUUUUAUAAGCUUUGCCUAUCUUGUUCUGUUAUUGCCAAUGGCCAUUUUCGGUUUAGCUCAUUUUAAUGACAAGUUUUGUUCACUUUUAUAAGAGAAAGUUUAUUCAAAUUUUGAAACUAAGAAUAAAUCAAAUUCAAGUCCAG